AGUAUGAAGCAGUUGGUAAGAUAGGAGAGGGAACAUUUUCUGAUACUCUGAAGAUGCUGAGUCUUAGGAGUGCACACAAACGUAUGAAGCAACAUUUUGAAAGUAUGGAACAUGUAAAUGAUCUGAGAGAAAUACAAACUAGAAGGCUGAGUCUGUAUCCUAAUAUCUUUAUGUUACAUGAAGUUUGUGAUCUUACAGACAUGAAUAUUCGUGAGCUGAUAAAAGGAAGGAUAAAACCAUUACCUGAAGGAAAAAAAAUGAAGAAGUACAUGUACCAGUUAUGCAAAUCUCUCAAUUACAUAGACAGAAAUGGGGUAUUUCAGAGAGAGGUGAAACCAGAAAACGUUAUUAAAGGUAAUUAAUUUUAUAAUACGCUGAGUUUCGGAGCUUUUGGAUCUAGUAGGAAUAUCUGUUCUAAGCAGCCACAUGUGGAAUACGUCUCCACACACCGGUCUGGAGCACCUGAAUGCUGACUUACAAAUGGCUGCUGUAGUUACAGAAUUAGUGUGUGGAGCACUGGCUGUGUUUUCUACAAAAUCACAAGCUUUUAGCUUCUCUUUCCUGGAUCUAAUGAGCUGGACCAAAUCUCAAAAGUCCAUGAGGUUAGAGGUGCUCCUGCUAACAAAACUCUCAACAAGUUCAAGCAGUCAAGAAUUGCAAGUUUUGAUUUCUCCUUUAAAAAAGGAAAAGGAAUACCUCCUCUUGUGCACAAGUUGCCUCCCAAAGGCUUCUCUCCUAUAAAAUAUGACCCUGAUGAGAGAAUUGCUGUCCGCACAUUACAGAACCUUUAUAUUCACGAACUCUGGGCAGCUGAUACACAAGCUUUGGCCGUGCACAAAAGAAUAAGAUUCCUAGGAAAUACAUCAGAGCAAGUACCUCUGCAUUUGCAGCAAAUUUCAAAGGAAAAUCAAAGACAGCAUUCUCUUAGGGAAGUCCAGGGAAAAAACCCAAAACAUCAACAUGGACAUCCUCAUGGAUAAUUACCAAAAUUAAAUCUUUCUGGAGCAGCCAAAUCGACAUCCUGUCCUACUUCUACACUGCAUCCAGUUUUCUGGGCACCUAAGGGGUUCUCAGCAGUCCUAGAACCAGAAGGCACUGAAGUUUCCCCCCAGACAUUUCCACUUACCUGCUACAGAGCAAAGAGGAGGAGCAAACUUUCCGAAGUUCAACAGCAAGAAUGGAAAAACAUCCCAGCCCUGGCGAGAUGUCUUAUAAAAGAAGGCUAUAGCGAGUGA